AUGACUCAUUUCCUUCACAUAUACUUCUGUUCCUCUCGCAUUCACAUUUACGCUUACAAAGCUAGACUCCUAAGAUCAGACUUCUACUCAGAAGAAGACCAACUCCCGUUGGAAAACCUCCACUCAGAACUAUGUUCUCGAACUUGUCUUCGGAUAAGUCUCUUUACAAACCUCGACAAACCCUCAGGCUUUGUUAAGCACUUUGUUUGGGAAGAAAAAGUCGACAAGACGUCGCAACGACCAACAACCAGAUCCCAGAGAGCAAGAGGAAGCUCAGACAACCCACAAACAGCAACCCCACCGACGUCAUCCCAACAAGAAAGGAUAGCAGCACCACCUCCCUUUCCCCAACCAGACAUAACCCGACUCCACACCAAAGAACAAGCAGACACUUUCUAUGAAGCCAGAACACGUUGGCUACAGUACUACGCAGGAAGCCACCCACAGCUACUGCCCACAACACAACACGAUCCCCCAGUAACCGUAGAAAACCUCUACGACGAGAACGACUUUGAAGAGUUUGCAGCAGACGGCAACCCGAUACCACCUCCCACUCCACAGAUACUCCCCGCCGCACCUGCUCCAUCCCACAUCCCACCACCACACACCAUGUCUAACGCUGCAGCCCCCAAACCCACGAUGAUUGGGAAAAUCAAUGACUUCGAUGGAACCCCAGAUAAAGCCCAAAGCUACAUGAAGGACAGCAACGCCGCCUCAUGGAGCGAAGCCAAGAUGACCAAAUACAAAGAGAAGAAUGCCUACUCCACAUGGGCAGACUUCAUGAAAACCUUCACAGCCAGUUUCAGAACGGCAAACGUCAAAGGAACGGCCUCGGCUGCCUUGAUGAAAAUGAAGAUGGAACAAGGAGAAAAUGCAGUAGCGUUUAACUCAAGGUUUAUGCUAGAUGCUGGGAAAAGCGGCAUCAACAAUGAAGCCAUGAUCAUGGUUUAUCAAAAGGCUAUCCGGCCACCCCUCCUUUGCAGGGCACUCACCGGAAAGGAACUACUCACCACCGAAGACUGGAUGGGCACAGUAGCGAACCUAGAAGCCAACUGGAUCAGUGCCAACGCUAUCUCGGAAGGAGCAUGGGGCGCCAGAAACAAAGAAAGACAGAACGACAGAAAUCGCAAAAGUGGACCAUCCACUAGCACCAGAAGAUUAACCAAAGAUGAAGAAGAAUCAAGGAGGAAAGAGGGAAGAUGCUUUAUAUGUAACGAGAAAGGACACAUAGGAAGGAAUUGUAGGAACAAAGGAAAAACUCCCGAAAGAAAGGUACGUCAAACCAAAACGGAAGAUGACACCAAAACAGUGGUAGAAGAAGACAGGGUCCAAAACAUCAUGAGGAUGUGGAGGGAGUUAGGAGAAGAUCAAAGAACAGAGGCGAUGAAAGAAUUAGAAGACGAGGCGACGAUCAAUGCCAACUCUUUACAAAUUGAUUGCUCGUUGAAACAGAAAACCAUCAGAACCAAAGCCCUGAUAGAUUCAGGAGCUACAGACGACUUCAUGGACACAAAAUUCACCAUCAGACACCGACUCCCCUCCAAAAACUCCCAACUCCUAUAA